GCAGGCAGUUGCUUGUAUUUAAAAACCACACCCUUACUGAGCCAUUUCAUAGCUGAAGCUCUUCUGCAAGAACGCAGCAAGCCCCCGGCAAAGCAACAAUGAUUUCCGAAUUCCUGGGUGAGCUGACUCUGGCUUUUGGUGGUGGCUCAGGGGAACGAUUCCCAACUGUGGUGGCUGCUGAUGACUUUGACGCUGCUAGAGAUGCUGCAAGAAUAGAAACAGCUAUCAAGACCAAAGGUGUGGAUGAGCAGACAAUUAUUAAUAUUUUGACAAAGCGAAGCUACCCUCAGCGGCGGGACAUUGCAUUUCAAUAUGAGAAGAGGACCAAAAAGGAUAUGAUUUCAGCUUUGAAAAGUGCCUUGUCUGGUCCCCUUGAGUCUGUCAUCCUUGGUCUAAUGAAGAGCACACCUCAGUAUGACGCCUAUGAACUGAAAACAUCCAUGAAGGGUCUGGGAACAGAUGAAGACACUCUGAUUGAAGUCGUCUGCUCUCGCAACAAUGAAGAGCUUGCUGAAAUUAAAAAAGUCUACAAGGAAAUUUAUAAGACAGAGCUGGAAAAAGACAUUACAUCCGACACCUCUGGAGACUUCCGCAAGUUGCUCCUGGCUCUGGCAAAGGGCAACAGAAGUGAAAGCGGUGGAAUUCAAGACUUUGAAAGAAUUGACCAAGAUGCUAGGGAUUUAUAUGAAGCCGGAGUGAAACGGAAGGGGACAGAUGUGGCCACCUGGAUUACUAUCAUGACUGAGCGGAGUCUGCCCCAUCUUCAACAAGUCUUCCUAAAGUACAAGAGCUACAGUCCUUACGACAUGCAGGAAAGCAUUCGCAAAGAGGUGAAAGGAGAUCUAGAAAACGCGUUUCUGAAUCUAGUUCAGUAUAUUGAGAACAAAUAUCUCUACUUUGCUUCCAAGCUGCAAGACUCUAUGAAGGGUAAAGGUGCCAAGGAUAAAACACUGACCAGGAUCAUGGUGUCCCGUUGUGAGGUUGACUUGCAGAAGAUUAGAACUGAAUUCAAGAAGCAGUAUGGCAAAUCUCUCUACCAGACCAUCCUUGAACACACCAAGGGAGACUACCAGAAAGCUCUGCUAAGCCUGUGUGGCGCUGAUGACUGAGCCGCCCACGAGGUGGAGUGUUACGAGCGUAACACAGUUGUCGGAGAUGUUGAUUCAUUUUCCAGACUAUCAUACUCUGAAGCCAAUCAGGCGGCAGUAUUCACCGAUGUGUCAUACUUUUGGGGUGCUCAUCAUAUUGACACUUACCCUUUAUGCAAUGCUCAUUUUUGUACUUAAAGCAAAGGAAACAAAAGUUUCUGUACUAUUGUCAACAUACACAAGGAUUUUUUUAAAUAAAAAAAAUGGAAGUUUUGUGGAA